GUUCUCCCAGACUCUGUUGAAAACAUCCGUGCUGGAGACAACACUGUUGCCAAAUCAACAUUUGCAAUAACCACGGCAUUCGAAACAGAUGAAGAUGUCAUCAGACAUUUAACAACUGAUCCAGUGGCUGGCCUGGCCGCCAUCCCUGGGACAAUCUUAAAUCAUGUUCUCAAGGCUACGGCAGUGAACUUUUCAUCAGAUAAGGCCCAUUUAGGCCUACCGAAGAACCAUGGCAAUUGUGAGGCCCGAGAUUGUGAUCUUUGUAACAAGGUGUAUGAGAAGUACAUUACCUGUGAUGAGCAGCAGCGUGAACACCUUGCAACAGCUACCACAUCUCAAGAUUCAGCACUAUGGCAAGAUCAACGCAAGAUCCGAAUUACAAGUAGUGGGGCUUUUGAAGUGCCGAAGAAGGCCGACCCAAAGAAUUGGUUGGACAGAAAACUCAAUAACAGAUUCAUGGGAAACUCCUCUACUCGCUAUGGCCAAGAAUGUGAACCGAUAGCUCGGAGCUACUAUGAGCACACCUUCCGCAAGAAAAUUACAUCUACUGGACUGGUUGUCCAUCCAACUGACAACUGGCUGGGUGCUAGCCUUGAUGGGAUUGUGGACAGAGACACAAUUUUAGAGAUAAAAUGCCCAACUGAAAAGAAACUUGAACAGUACAAUGGCAGUUUAACCAACAUGCUUCAGGCCAACAAAUAUGAUGUACGUGUUGUGAAUGGAAACUACGUUCUACGCCAAACUACAGCUGGUUCUGGCUAUUAUUACCAGGUGCAAAUAGCAAUGCAUUGUUCUGGUAAAAGUAAGUGUAAUUUUCUUGUGUGGACACCAUCUGAGCAAGUGAUUGUAGAUGUUCUGUAUGAUCAGGAGUGGGUGGGAAAACAGUUGCAUCAUCUUAGAGGAAUGUAUUUUGGACACUUGCUUCCAGCAAUUUCUACCAUGAUAGCUCAUGGACACUUGAAGAUAAAGGGCCUCUAAACAUGUCUAAAUUGUUCUACAUCAAUCAAGAAAGAUUUACCGAAAUAGUAGAAAAUAUUAAAACUUAUCAUUGCACUUUUGUGCUGAUCAAAUACUUUUUUGGUAGAUCUCCAUGAUUUAAAGUAUAUUUCAAGAAAUGAGUCAAACACAGUAAUUUCCCUGAAAAGUCCUGACCUGAAGCCCACAGUGACAC